AACCUCUAUCUCAAAAUCAGAAAGAAAUUAGCUUUUGCUUUAUAGGAUUCAUCAAACAAUUUAGUGAUUUAAUACUAUGAAUGAUAUGGAGAAGGAAGGAAGGAAGCUCGGAGAAGAUCCCAUUUCUGCGGCUCCAGAGGAGGUGUCAGUUGAUUGGAGAGGCAGACCUUGUAAGCCUAACAAGCAUGGUGGAAUGUCUGCUGCUAUUUUUGUCCUUGGGCUGCAAGCAUUUGAGAUGAUGGCAAUUGCAGCUGUUGGGAACAAUCUGAUUACAUAUGUGUUCAAUGAGAUGCACUUUCCUUUAUCAAAAUCUGCAAACAUAGUCACCAAUUUUAUUGGAACUGUUUUCUUCCUCUCCCUCCUUGGUGGGUUCCUCUCAGAUUCAUAUCUUGGGAGCUUUUCCACCAUGCUCAUCUGUGGCCUUGUGGAGCUCUCUGGUUUUAUACUGCUUUCAAUUCAAGCCUACCUCCCACAACUGAGGCCACCAAAUUGCAACAUGAUCUCUGAUGAAGGGCAUUGCCAGGAGGCCAUGGGAUACAAGUCUUUGAUAUUCUUUGUUGCACUUUACUUGGUAGCUUUAGGGAGUGGAUGCCUAAAACCAAACAUAAUAUCUCAUGGUGCUGACCAAUUCAAGCGAUCCAAGAAGCUCUCAACAUAUUUCAAUGCUGCAUACUUUGCAUUUUGCAUGGGGGAGCUGAUUGCUCUUACCCUUCUAAUUUGGGUCCAGACUCACUCCGGUAUGGACGUGGGGUUUGGAGCCUCGGCUGCUGUCAUGGCAAUUGGCAUGAUCAGCUUCAUUUCUGGCACACCUCGUUAUAGGAACACACCGCCUCGAGGAAGUAUCUUCACCCCAAUUGCUCAGGUCUUUGUUGCAGCAAUAUCAAAGAGAAAGCAAAUCUGUCCUUCAAACAUAGAAAUGCUUUAUGGUGGAAGCCAAAAUAAUGUGCAAAACCGCCUUCUCUCUGCAUCACCAAAUGUCACCAACCUUCUCCACACUGAUAAAUUCAGAUUGCUUGAUAAGGCCUGCAUCAAAAUUCAGGAUGGAAGAAAAGAGAGUCCAUGGAAGCUCUGCACCAUCACCCAAGUCGAACAAGUAAAGAUCCUCAUCUCCGUUAUCCCCAUUUUUGCAUGCACCAUAAUGUUCAACACCAUCUUAGCACAACUCCAAACCUUCUCCGUCCAACAGGGAGCCGCCAUGAACACCCACUUCACCAAGACCCUCAAAAUCCCCCCAGCCUCCCUCCAAUCCAUCCCCUACAUCAUGCUCAUCUUCCUCGUCCCACUCUACGAAACCCUAUUCGUCCCCACCGCCCGAAAGAUCACUGGAACAGAAUCCGGUAUCACCCCUCUCCAAAGGGUUGGUGUCGGGCUGUUUACCGCAACAUUCUCAAUGGUGGCAGCUGCCGUAGUGGAGAAGAAGAGGAGGGACAAUGCAUUGAGUGGGAACCAAACUCUGUCCAUCUUCUGGAUUGCUCCGCAGUUUCUGAUAUUCGGAUUGUCAGAGAUGUUCACAGCGGUGGGGCUGAUAGAGUUUUUUUACAGUCAGUCUUUGGAAGGGAUGCAAUCUUUUUUAACAGCAAUGACAUACUGCUCGUACUCGUUCGGUUUUUAUCUGAGUUCGAUUCUGGUUUCCUUGGUGAACAGAAUCACAUCUUCUUCAUCUCGACAUGGAGGGUGGCUUGGUGAGAAUGAUCUGAAUAAGGAUAGGUUGGAUCUGUUCUACUGGAUGUUGGGUGGUCUUAGCUUGGUCAAUUUUUCCAAUUAUCUCUUCUGGUCUUCAUGGUAUUCCUACAAUCCAUCUUUGUCACCUUCUUUUGUGUCGCAACAUGAGUCUCAUGGGGAAGACUUAGAAAACAUGAUUAAUACUUCUAAAUGAUAUGGCUUUUUUGAUUUAUUAGGUACAAUUAAUAUCAAUUAAUAAUAAAAACUAAGACUUCAU